AUGUGUUUCGCCGGCCCCGUUGACACUUGGUCUGGUCCACGACUGCAGCCUCGGGUCGGUGGAGAGGAAGCCAAACUCAGCACCGUCGGUGGCUUUGCUGUCCGGCUCCGGAACGGCGGCCCUUAUGCACCGGCACCGCGCGGAUCAAGAGGAAGAACAAGAGGAAGAAAAAGCCGGGACGCCAAGGAGGCGACCGGCAACGGCAAUCCGAAUUUUGUGGAAUGUGGCAUAGGAAACAGCACCGCCGAGUCCACGGACCAAAACCGGGGCCAAGAGCUGCAGCGGAGGACAGGGAUGAGGAGCAAGGAUGGGGACCCGGGGUGGGUCAUCUCAGCCUUGGCCCCUGUGGGGGCAUUCCUGUUUCAAUUUCCUAGAACCACAAGUCCUGACGUAGGGGACAAUUUCAACCCGCCAGACCAGGCCACUUUUGGCGUGUCAACACCACCCAGCACCACCCAACACCGCCAAACACCACCCAACACAACACACAAACACACACAAGUCUCACUCUAA